UCAUUCACUGUUCAUUCAGCAAGCUGUCUGGGUGUGGGCCCUGCUUUCCGGGGUGGGGGUUUCUAUGGUAACACUGUGCUAGGAAUGUUCCUCUCUGCUGUUCAGAAAUAGGUUGGCAUUUGUGCUGACAGUCCCACCACGGCUCUGGUGGGGGGGACAGAAUGAUGUGUUGGUGUGGGUUUGUUUGUAUGGCAGGGAUAUGCCCGUGUGCGCGCGUGUGUGUGUGCGUGUAUGUUUGUGUGUGUGUGUGUGUGUGUGUGUGUGUGUACAUGCAUGGAAACCUGCAGCCUGCUUGGUAUCUCUGCAGAGUCGGGCAGAGCGGAGGAUGUCACCUGGUUCCUGCAUCUUAUUGUUGGUGUCUGUACUGUUAACUGCUACAAGUAAAAAUACAGAGGGAGCAGCACAGCAAGCAGAGUAGGUAGCAGCAUACUGAAAUGCUAAAGCAGUGAAAUGCACUGCAGGCAGAGUGGGGGCGGGGGGCGGGGGGGCUCACAUGAGCUGGGCUUGCUGAUCCCGUCUGUGGAAUUGCUCUGCAAUGUUUAUUCAGGCAAACCCGAGAUGAAGAUUGCUGGUUUUAUGCCGAGGUCAAGCACAGCAUGCGAUCUUUCAAAUGCAGUAUGAGGAUUUGUGAUGGCUGAAAUGUGGCAGACAGUAAUGGACAGUAAUGGCACCAGUGUCACUUUGCAUACUUUCCGUUUUCACGGCAUUGCUAACGAAAGCCUCAAUAUGCGAAUUCCCAUCGUGCGAGUAACACAACCGGGAACACAACUGGUACGGCUGCUGCUGGCGAGCAACAGGAGGAUAAACACACAGUAGAGGUCCUUAAUCAGGCAGUGAAUUCACAAGCUCAUGGAUCACAGAACAGCGCAGGAACUGAGCUACGAAAAGAGGGAGAAUAUCCCUGAGCAUGCGAACGAAAAGGAAACUGCUUGUGGUGUAACUCAACAAAAUGUAACUCUGAAAGUUUGCGUUAAGUGGCUGUAGAGGUAUGUUUGAGUGUGCGUGCACAGUGCCCUGCUGGCUCCAGAAAGAUUACUGGGAGGAACGUGGCUGCAAGUGAACAUUUUAGACAUUUAAGAGACAGCAAAUGUAUGGAGUUUCCUUGUCAGCUGAAACAAAAUUGGAAGUUUGUGUUGAAAACGUGACAUCUAUCAGGAAAAAGGCAGCUGACCAGCUGGUGUGAGGCCCCUGUCUGAUAGGUGUGGUGCUGUCAGCAGGAUGGAUGGAGUUUGAAUGAAAUAAAUUGGCCCCAAAAGCUCAGCCAGGGACCACAUUCAAACCUGCAGCCACACAUUAACAUAGUGGCCAAUCAACAAUUAAAAGUAAGAAUUGUAAAACUGAAAUAAAAUAAUCAUAUUUAGACAGUGUCUGACAUUAUACGUCAGUUUACUUUAGGCCAUGAUUAAAAAAAAACUGGCAUAAAUACUGGAUUUCACUUGGUUUUUAUUUUAUUUGUGUGUAGUAAAAGCUUGGCUCUGUAAAUAAGAGUCGACUAAGCAAUUCUUAAUCAGGUAAUGUGAUGGCGUCCUUUUCCCCGUGUGAAGGUCAUUGUGAUGUCAUUCUGCACAUUCUGAUUGUGUAUUACAGCUCCUGCCAAAAUGUUCUUUUCCCCAUAUUUUUCAGGUGUAUUUUCCUCAUUGUUAUCAUUGCAGAGACGGUAGCAGCAAGAAUUACAGUAAAAAUGGUCAGCAGCCAGACAUUAUUUUAAUUAGAUAAGUAUAUUGCAGAGCAAAAAAAUUUGGGAAAACAUUAUUUUAUGACUCUUUAAGAAGGCAAUCAUUUAGUAUUUUUGGAAAUAAAAAAAAUUAAAUUGUAUGCAGUAUAAAAAAUAUAUUGUAUAUAAUGAAAAUGAGGGGCGGCAUGGUGGUGCAGUGGUUAGCACUGUUGCCUCACACCUCUGGGACCCGGGUUCGAGUCUCCGCCUGGGUCGCAUGUGUGUGGAGUUUGCAUGUUCUCCCCAUGUCAUCGUGGGGUUUUCUCCAGGUACUCCGGUUUCCCCCCACAGUCCAAAAACAUGCUGAGGCUAAUUGGAGUUGCUAAAUUGCCCAUAGGAGUGCAUGUGUGAGUGAAUGGUGUGUGAGUGUGCCCUGCGAUGGGCUGGCCCCCCAUCCUGGGUUGUUCCCUGCCUCGUGCCCAUUGCUUCCGGGAUAGGCUCUGGACCCCCCGCGACCCAGUAGGAUAAGCAGUUUGGAAAAUGGAUGGAUGGAUGAAAAUGAAUGAAGUGCAGCUGUGAAGAAGCAAAACAGUCAACAGGAGGACGCCCUGCAAAGACGUUACGAUGACAUAAUUUCCUGAUGACAUAAUUUCCUGAUGACAUCAUUUCCUAAGGAGAUAUACCUGAGUAACUUAGGGGCCACAAAACCCAUUUCUCUGUUAAUAGGGGAUAUUCUAUAUCAGUUAUAGCUUCUAAACAGGAUUCAAGCUUAGUUUUAAUAUUACAUUGGGUUUUCGUGCUAACAAGAGUAUGUGAUGAACGUACUAACGGUAGUUAGGUGAUUAUGAAUUAUAUCCCCAAGAGGGAGUAUGUUCAGAGGUUGUUGUCACUAGAUUUUUGCCUUUUGCUUCAGUAAUUUUCUGCACCCGACACCAGUGCACCCUGAAGAGUCAUUACUAGUGCUGUAUGCCUCAAAGCUUCAAAAUAGGAUUCUUUGGCCGUGGACAAAUGUAUUCUCUGUUUGCUUACAAAAGGAACCGGUGCAAAGUGGAACAGAAUAGAUAGAAAGGGCAUUAAUGCUCAUUACAUAUAAAAUAUUGCUCGUGUAUGUAUUUGAACUGCUACUAGUUCAAUUACAACAAAAACUGUGAAAACUGAUUUUAAAAUUAGAUCUAAACACAAGAUGUAUGCAUUUCUUGCAGUAAAAGUUGAUAAGAACUCAACAGCAGCAUGAAAUCUAGCAUGUGGAAUCUUCACUGGCAGGUGUGUUCAAGCCACUUUGACCUUGAUUCAUCUUUGGUAAAUCGAAAGUGUAAUUGCUGUCAUGGUGGUUAGUCUGGAACAGGCACACCAUUGCUGAAAAAGGUCAACCGGGGUGCAGCUCUUUAUGGAACAGGAACAUGCUGACAAUGUCCUCCUCUAUCACUAUCUGGGACCUGGAGCUUCUGUGUGUGCUAUUAACAGUUUGCUGUUGACAUCAGUGAUGGAGCCAUUGGGAUGGCUGGGCUGGUUCCAGCCAAUGGGAUGACCAGCCUGGUAUCAGCCAAUGACAAUGCUGGGCUGGUACUAGCCAAUGGGAUGACUGGCCUGAUAUCAGCCAAUGGGAGGGCUGGGCUCGUACCAGACCAUAUGUGAUACAGCUAUAAUUUUAGUAGUUCCCAGAAUUGUGUGAUUAUUCUCGAAACAGCCAUAAUUAUAAUAUUUUCUUUUUUUCUGCAUUUACUAGAAGUCGGUGACAUUCUUCACUUCUCAUCACUGGCAUAUGUCUCUUCAACUGUUGCUGACUGAAGGGGUUUAUGCUAACGCUGCUGACAGAUAGACUGACACACACAUUCACUGACACAAUGUCAGAAGCUUAGAGAAUCUCCUCCCCAGUGUAGUUAUUACAGAUUAUUAGGGACUGGCAGAGGGAUGUCAAAGAGAGGAGCUGCAGAUGAUUAUGAGUCAGAGGGAUUGUAACUGUAAUGGAUACCAACCUAUAAAGACAGAGAGAACGGCAUGAGGAAGAUGGUUUGGUUAUCGUCUCCUGUGCGUUAACAAAACAAUACUAAUAAUACUCAGAGUAACAAGGCCUGCUUUAACAAAACAAUACUAAUAAUACUCAGAGUAACAAGGCCUGCUUUAACAAAACAAUACUAAUAAUACUCAGAGUAACAAGGCCUGUCUAUAAAGUGCCAAAUAAGGAUGGAGAGCAAACUGUAUUCGUGCUGAUUACACCUCGUAGUGAUUCUAUCUCUUGCAUCCCUAAUUAAUGACAGCAAACAGGGUCUUGUUGGGCUGAUUAAAUUAAGAGCCACAAGAGUUAAGUCAUCAGAAACAGAAGAAUUUGAUCGAGUUGCUUAAGUCCUUGCUUCCCUGUGUGUUAAGGCACGCUUGUCCUGCCCUUUGUAGCAACUUUGCCGCCAUGGUCAAUAUUAGCAACUUUUUUGGUAAAUGCCUUUGCACCACAAACCAUACAGAAUGUCAGAAAAUACUAGUAGAGAGACAAUGUCAAGUGCAAAGUAAAGCUUACUUACUUAUUAACUACUAAUUGAUGAUAUAAUGUAAAAUGCAUAUGGAUACAAUAAUGUGUAAAUCAAAAUGUAACAUAUGGGCCAGUUAUGUGCCUUUGUCUGUGUCUAGUCCAGUAUUCAGUCAGUAUCCAGCAUCUCCUUGGAUGCUAAACAUCCCAUAGGGCAGCACUCUGCUGCGGCCCCUCUGAUGAGUCAUGAAGUCACAGAUUUCGCACCACGUGUUCCUUUCAAAGUCCCUGCAUCCUUGCCUGAGAAAAGCCAGUGGAAGGCAAAUGGGGGGGGGGCAUACGUUAUAUAAAUAUUGCGUUUCACAUGGGGCUGUUGUCUACAUAAUAUGUGUGCAGUAUACCUAGGAGAGCCCUACAUCAAGUUUAUUGCCUUAAUUCGGAUAGCUUGCUGUAUUAUUUAUAUUGGUGUCAUUUAUAUGACAAUUGCCUAUGAUUCAUAGGAAACAAUGCAAUAUUGCAGUAUAUAAUUUUAUAAUGCAAGGAAUUAUUAUACUCCAAGAAUAAAUGUACUUAAUAAAUGUUACACAGUGCCUUGCACUUCCUGCGGUAAGCUAUGGUGACACUGAAUUAGUCACACAUUUUUGUUGUUUUAAAACUGAAAUCCUUUCACCCUUUAUAUCACUUGUGCAGUAUAGACUCAUGGUGAACCUGGAACCUAUCCCUGGAAAUCCAGGAAAUGAAGCUGGGAAUCCAGGGAAUGAAGCAGAGAAUCCAGGGAAUUAGGCAGGGAAUCCAGGGAAUGAAGCAGAGAAUCCAGGAAAUGAAGCUGGGAAUCCAGGGAAGGAAGCAGGGAAUCCAGGGAAUUAGGCAGGGAAUCAAGGGAAUGAAGCUAGGAAUCCAGGGAAUGAAGCUGGGAAUCCAGGGAAGGAAGCAGGGAAUCCAGGGAAUGAAACUGAGAAUCCAGGGAAUGAAGCUGGGAAUCCAGAGAAUGAAGCUGGGAAUCCAGGGAAGGAAGCAGGGAAUCCAGGGAAUGAAACUGAGAAUCCAGGGAAUGAAGCUGGGAAUCCAGAGAAUGAAGCUGGGAAUCCAGGGAAGGAAGCAGGGAAUCCAGGUAAUGAAGCAGGGAAUCCAGGGAAUGAAGCAGGGAAUCCAGGGAAUGAAGCUGGGAAUCCAGGGAAUGUAGCAGGGAAUCCUGGGAAUGUAGCAGGGGUUCCACAGAAUAAAGCAGGGAAUCCAGGGAAUAAAGCUGGGAAUCCAGGGAAUGAAGCAGGGAAUUUAGGGAAUGUAGCAGGGAAUCCAGGGAAUGUAGCAGGGAUUCCACAGAAUGAAGCAGGGAAUCCAGGGAAUGCAGGCAGUUUAGAGACACCAGUAUCUAAUGAGAAGUUUUGGGCUGCAGGAGGAACCCAAAGUACCUAGAUAAAGCUACUGAGAGUGCAGGGAGGGGGGCCGCGAAAGUGAGACUCCCAGCCCUAGAGAUGUCAGGCCGCAGUAUUCUGAGCAGAACAGAAAGGCAUCCAUCACGUUAACAGAGCCACAUUGCACUGUCAGGGACAGUCAGCAUCUCGUUGUCGGGCAGCAGUAGUUGACAUCCUAUUGACAUACAACAAUUAGUGUUUGCAGACUAAUAGGGAAAUCUUUGCUAAACUGAACUGCUGAGCACAGUGACAUUAACAAAAAAAUAUCAAAAUAAGCAUUAGAGCUUGUUGGGGCACAUUGUGUUCAGUUGUGUUAAACGUUUCUUUGGAUUCAGAUCCAAAUAUCUCAGUAUAUAAGUUAGCAUAUAUGUCAGCAAAUUUUGCCUUGCCAUAAAAAAUCUUAUGAGUAUAAAAAAAUCAUUAUUUAAAUAAAAAUAUAUGCAUUUUAUAUGUUACGUGGCAAAUAAUAAGCACUGAAUUCUCUUGUACGGUAAGUUCUCUUCUUGUAUAACAUUCCUUGAUCUGCAACUAAGAGUAGAUUGUUAGCAGUCCCUUCGUGACAUAUGACUGUGUGUGACUCUCAAUGGGCUGGAAUGCAGUGCGACGCCAACAAUGCAGCAUGUAUCUCUGCCACUGGCAUAAUCCACCGCCUUGAUCUCCCUUCUGUAUCUCCGUCUUGCCCGUGCAGUGCCCGGCUCCGCUCCAGGGCAGCAGGAUGCGCAGCAGGUAGGCCCCUAGACCAUCUCCUCUCUCCUGUUUCUUCCACGGGCCAGGUUUGAGGGAGACGGCAUGCUUGACCCCUGAUUGGAGGCCCAAAAAAAGUGGAUGGACUACAGGCAGCGUAAUGCAUCAUUUCCAUGAGCAACAAAAGCCAGAGCCAUUCAAACAGUUAAAUGGUUCCUCUUUUUUAUGUAAUUUGAUAAUAUAAUUUCACUGUAGGAAUAUAACAGCCAGCGUUUCUGGUCACGUGAGAGUUUUCGGAGGCUGGGCUCAUACAAACAGACAGUCCCAGUAAGAUGGACCUCUAUUUAUAAAUGGAACUUUUGUUUAAGCACACCGUGAGUCAUUUGAAGGCUUAUAAACAGUGUGAUACAUAAUGCUUCUUCAUUAUGGCCAGUCAGCUUGUACUUUACGCCUUUAAAAUGAGCAAGGCUGCGGUGAGUCAGCAAGGCCACGUCUGUGUCUCAACAUAAACUGCAUGGCUGAAGGAGAGAAAAGUCUCACUGUGUGUUUGCAGUCACCUCCAUGAGAAAAGCACCGCUAACAGGAUGCUGCACAUGCAGUGUCGCCCGAGGGACGCCCUCCAGCAAACAUAUAUAUAUUUAUGCAGCCAGGUGCUUCUCUGUACGAUGUUAAUGCAUUAUCAUGUCAAUUAUUAAAACGGAAACUGCUCAUACCUUUUCUGCUUGUUUUUUUUAACUUAGAGUAAUGUAUGUCAUACUCCUCUUUUCCUCUCACAAGUCUCCUUACAUCCAUCCAUCCAUCCCUUCAUCGUCCUUGCCCUUAUCCUGAGCCGGGGUCACGGUGAGUUUCCGUACAUGGCAGAGCACUUUCUGGCCAAGGCCAGAUGUGAACAGCCAUAAUUCACAUGCAUCUUUUCAUUCCUGCUGUCUUCCCUGCGCUUAUAUUCCUUUACGCACUCUUCGUCCUACUGCAAAAGCUUAUCCCCCUAGUUCCUCCUCUGAUCAUCACCUGCCCACAUUAAGUCCUUGUUCUACUGUCAUAAAUCUGUUCCUCUGGCCUCCAUAUAGCUAUCUGUGGAGGACACGACUUGCAUCAUCCCUUGCCUGAAACGAAACUCCAGUGCCUAUGGGAUUGGAGCUCUGGCCAAAUCAUCUCUGUCAGGCGUGUCAGGUAUGACGCGAUCCAUGAAGGACAAAGUAACAAAGCCCACUGCAAUGGCCCAAGGCCGCGUGGCUCACAUGAUUGAGUGGCAGAGUUGGGGCACACCAUCUGCUGGGCCAGAGGGGGGUGCGGGCCGUGCCAACUUGCACCGUGAGAGGGAGAGACGGCUGGAAAACGAUGCCUACAGUGACUUGAGUGAUGGAGAAAAGGAGGCCCGCUUUGUAGCUGGGCUCAUGCAGCAGUUCGCCAUCUCUGAGGCGACCCUCCUGGCCUGGAACUCCAUGGAUGAAGAAAGCUUUGGUGCAGGGUGUAACCGUGGCAGUGCCGCCCAGCUCAGUGAGGUCAACCAGCACAGCGUCACUAGCAGAGACCAGAUGCUACAUGGCUCCUCAGCCGAGGUGUGGCCCCAUACCUAUGUCUCCCAAGGCCUCUACUGCCUCUCCUCCUUGGACGGCUGGGAGCCGGUGAGCAGGGACCCUUCUGGCGUGGGCUCACCGGCUGCCGGCUCUCAUGUCGUGGCUGACGGGGCUUCAUACGAGGGUUAUGACGGAAGCUCGACCCCCUUACAACAGCAGCUCAAGGCACAGCAAAAUCAUUUACAGCAGCUGCAGCAGAUCCAGCAGUACCAGCAGCUCCUGCAGUACCAUCAGCAGUCCAUGGAGCACAGAAUUCACAGUCCCUGCCAUUCCCUGCAAGCCACGCCCAACAGCACAAUCCACAGCUUGCCUCCGCCUACUCUGCCCCCACUGGUUAAUUUGUGGGGAGUGGCAGAUACGAGGGCCAAUCAAUCCGAAAAUGUGAGCAUGUCUACAGUGGAUGGCGCUGUUGCAGCUAUAGGCGGAGAGGAGCCGGGCUCAGAAAGCGAAUACCUACUGGAACAACAGGAAGAAGACUACACCAAGGAGGAGGAGGAAACACUGUGCACAGAUCUGGAGUCAGAGAUAAGACAUGAAAACACAAGUGCAAAGCGCAGUCCGGAAGAGGCGCCUGGCGAGUCAUCGAGUGAACACAAGGGUUUCGACAUCACUUCCUGCAUCAUACAGUCCGUGGAUGAGAAAAUUGCAGAAAAUGGGUCUGUUGCUGUGACUACCAACUGCUGACUGUCUGCUGACAGAGACGGACAGAUCAUUCGUCAGAAUCUCCACCAAUCAAGUGAUACCCAACCACUUUCUUGAGGCUGAAAAGCUGACCGUUUUAUGCAUUCAAACAAAGAACAGUGUACGUGCUUAAUAAAUGACUGAAGAUGAUAUCAGAAAUGACCUUGAUAAUGCAGACAUCGUGAAAAGGACACAAACGCAGAAUUACAGCAGAUGCAUUUGAGCUGCAUGCUUGUGAAGAUCCUCAGUGCUCCAUUCUCAGCUCUGCCAACAAUAUACAUAUAAAUCAAAACAAUGCACUAUUUUUCGUAUAACCAGUAAAAGUACAUCCUGAAAUAUGUCUUAAUGUUUCGUGUUUUAUUGUUUAUUUUUGGAGCUUAACCCUUUAAGCUCCAAACCUUUCAAGCAAUUAUCAUUUGUUUCAGGGUUAUCACAAAAAAAAGCAUAAUAUCAUUUCACUCAUAGACUGUGCAUCAAGGUCUGCAUGCAAGAUAUAUUUGUGCCAGAAUUCUAAUAUUUGUAAAUCAUACAUAUUUAACAAUUAUUUGGAAAAAUAAAAUAUU